UAAUUUAACGCUCAGCAUACUGCUCUGUCGAGAUGAGGGCCCGUGUGUAUGUGGUGUUGGAUUGUAUUGUUUUUGCAUGUGUAUAAUUUAAACAAUACAGCGAACAAUAAUCUGCAUGUAGAACAUCCAUAUAGUACCGGGUGCGUGUUGCAACAUAAAAGUGUGUGUAGGUGGCUUUCCCCUAUUAGCUUGUGUGACUUUAUAAAUGAUUUGAUGGUGAAAUUAAUUUAUGUCUUUAGAUGAGUCACUUAGUUCUGAUCAGGCCUUUGAAGUGGUUGAUGUUUCAUGAUGUUUCAUGUCUGGUGAUUCUGGCUAUUAGGCCUAUAUUUUUAGAACUUUUAGUGGUCUUCUUUUCCUGGUGUUUUGUUCUGGCAGUCAUAUACUGUAGCUAUUAGAUGCAGCAUGAGGUCUACUUGCCUGUUGUGGAUUUUAACACUAGUCAGAUUAUCCAUGUUUUUACAAAUAGAGCCUCUCUGGCAAACUAAUGAGGGUUGUAUCAUUCCCAUUUGAACAAGCCUCUUGGCAGAGAACUUGAAAGGGUGGAGUCCUUUCCUCUCACUGGCUCUCCCACUGAAAUGUAUUCUCCGGAGUGUUUCUUGUGACCACACAUGCCAGUAGAGCGAGAGGAAGUGUGACGUCUGUCCUCUGUCUUGGGUAGAGGGGGAAUCUGCUGAGGGUAGCAAUAAAGAGCAUAUCAGCGAUGUAUGAUUGCGUCUUCAGCUGCGUACACGGUUUAGCUUAUAUAAAUCAGACAAACUUGCUGAGUAUACCUUUCCGCAUUUCUUGAAAAAAAUACAGCAGAAUGCCAAAUACCUCAUUGAGCAGCUCGAGUCAUAGUUUUACUGCCUAAAAAAGUAUGCAAUAUUAAUCUGGAUUGGGAAAUAGAGGAUUUUGAAUUUAUCUUGCAUUCAUGUUUGAUUUUUAUAUUCAAGUUUGAAAACUAGUUAUGUACUGACUAAGGUUGCUGACAGUCAAAACUCUCACAUUUAGGCCAAUUCAGCAGGUCGGGCAUCACGCUUGGAUGACUCCUUUUCAUUUGCAUAUUGUUUCAGAGUGCACCCCAGGAAAUUUGAUGCUUCCAUUAGCGAAAAUUACUCUUUAUCUAAUGAUGUUAGAUUAGUCAGUGAAGAAGCAAGUGUUCUAAGGAUUAGCAGAGUUUGCCUUUAAAGCAACACCAUGGUUACUGAGCAGGUUAGAUAACUUAGAUAGAUAGAAACUUAAUUAGGUUAUUGACAAUGAAUGUCUUAAAGGUGACAUAGAAUGAUUGAACAGGGUAUUUAUCCUUGUUCUGUGAUGACAUAUAGACUACAACAUUUUGGGUGGGUCUGUAAUGCCGUAGAAGCUUCCUAAAAGCCUCUCUCAGAAAGCUAUGUUAGGGUGGGGAUUUUGCACCUAUUUGGCGUCCUUUCGGGCUUAACUGGCAACCCUAUUACGAAUAUGCGCUAUGGCCCGUUCACAGAUUCAGCCUCAUACUCUAGGCUAAUGCAUAUGCUGGGAGACUGUCUGGGUCUUAGGCUAACGGUAGCCUACCGUUCGAGCAGAACGAACCGUUUCAACUAGGCCUAUUUAAUAUGAGCAUCAAAACAAACAGUCUUAGGACAGAAGUUGGAAUGCAAACGUUCCAAAUGCCAUGGUCUUAAUGUGACCAUGGCAACAACUGAUUCAGCUGAAGCUUGGCCAGUGGAAGUUUGAUGCCAAGUGUUCUAACCACGCCUCCACAUUUGACGUGUUCGGGUUCUAACCACGCCUCCACAUUUGACGUGUUCGGGUUCUAACCACGCCUCCACAUUUGACGAGUUUGGAGUGACACACAAACGAGAAGGGCACUAGCCUACAUACACUUGACCAUCAUUGAGCCCUCUCCCCCAAUAAAAGCUUACUAUAUAUCGCUACUGUAAGACCGCCAAUGCAAUCACUUUAGACCAACCUUCUUAGUGUAGGCUAGGUGUUGAAAUUAGAUUGACCACUGUCCUCUCCUCACUCACUAGGUGCUUGUGUGGAAGCUGUGUUCGCAUUUCCAUAGAGAGAGCAAAUGUAGAAUGCUGCCGGUAAUAAAAAGUUUGCACACCGCUUGCACAGCCUGAACCUCGGAACUUGGCGAACACUUCUGCAAUCUGCUUGCUCUAUGGGAGGGGCAGGUGUGUGCAAAGAGAGCCCCCAUUAGAGCGUAUGCUGCUGCUGAGGGCCUGUGGGAGCUGCUAGCAUGCAGUGCUGGCCUCCACUCAGUAGGGGGCGCCACAGCUGCUGAGAAACGAGCCGGACGGAAGAGCCUGUGGAGGGGGCCCCAGGGGCGGGGGAGGGGCCAGGCAUGGACGACUUCACCACACGCACCUACGGCACCAGCGGCCUGGACAACAGGCCUCUGUUCGGAGAGACCUCCGCCAGGGAUAGAAUCAUCAAUUUAGUCGUUGGUGUGCUUACGACCCUACUUGUGUUGAUCACGGUCAUCAGCUCCUUCGUGGUUCCCCUGCCCCCCAAGCCCAUCAACAUCUUCUGUGCAGUGUGUGUUCUGCUGCUGUGUGGCUCCGUCCUGGUGCUGAUCUUCUGGUACCGGCAGGGGGACCUGGAGCCAAAGUUCCGUAAGCUGAUCUACUACAUGCUGAUCUCCAUCGCCCUGCUGUGCGUCUGUGCCAACCUCUACUUCCACGACGUGGGCCGAGGCCAACCCGCGUCUGCCUUAUGAACCUCGCCCCCACCUCCGUGGAGCCCUGCUGCACGGGGAUUGGUCCGCUGUGCCCGACAGAAUCCACCCCUUACUCCAAACAUGGACUCUAGUGGGAUCUAGAACUUGGGUCCAAAACAAAAAGGUUCUAUGUGGUGUUAAAGAGGCCAGUUAGCCUUUUGGCGUUCUUUCUGAAAGACUUUUUUUAUACCCAUUUAAGAACUCUGCACAUUAGCUAAUUAUGCAAAUGAAGAAUAGGCUGUAGCACUGUGGGAGGCGUGCAGCUGCUUGUAGACCAAAUGCCAAGUCAACCGACCGCCACAAUAGUCCAUUUAAAAGCCAUGUCCAUUAUGUGGAAAAAAUGAAGGUUUAUGCAAAUGUACAUUCCAAACUGAGAUUAGUUUGACUGCCUGUUUUUCGUAUGUCUGUUUGUUUUUAAUGAACUUAGACAUUCCCGUAAAGCACUUGUUGGGUGGUGUUAAACCGCCGCACACAAAACACCACCGAUUGUUCUACCACAACCACAUCAGAAGUCUUACUAAGGGAGGCUUGGCGAUGAUUGUCUUUUCAGACAUUGAAAAUGUAAUUUUCUUUUCUGUAAUAAAUGGAAAAGUGACACCUUC